UCGGCUGAUGCUGAUGUGUCGGGGAGGCGGGGCUUAGGGGUGCGGAGUCUCACGGCUCCACCUGCUCGGGCCUAGCCUCCGGGUCCUCCUGCGUCAGCGGAGCGAUGGCGGCGCGGGCCCGGUCAGUGCGGGCCCCGCCCGGCUCAGAUAAAGUACAGAAGGACAAGCCUGCCCAGGCCUCAGGGCCCAGGCAGGGCAGCCGAAUGGGGAAACUCUUAGGUUUUGAAUGGACAGACUUGUCCAGUUGGAAGAGGCUGGUGACCCUGCUUAAUCGGCCAACAGAUCCGGCAAACCUAGGUGUCUUUCGUUUUCUCUUCGCCUUCUUGAUGGUACUGGACAUCCCCCAGGAGCGAGGGCUCAACUCCUUGGACCGGAAAUACCUGGAUGGGCUGGAUGUGUGCCGCUUUCCCUUGCUGGAUGCCCUGCACCCUCUGCCCCUUGACUGGAUGUAUCUUGUCUACACCAUCAUGUUUCUGGGGGCACUGGGUAUGAUGCUGGGCCUGUGCUACCGGAUAAGCUGUGUGUUAUUCCUGCUGCCCUACUGGUACGUCUUUCUUCUGGACAAGACAUCAUGGAACAACCACUCCUACCUGUAUGGUUUGCUGGCCUUUCAGCUGACUUUUAUGGAUGCAAACCACUACUGGUCUGUGGAUGGCCUGUUGUGUGCCCGGAAGAGGAAUGCCCAUGUGCCCCUCUGGAACUAUGCGAUGCUGCGUGGUCAGAUCUUCAUUGUGUACUUCAUUGCUGGUGUGAAAAAGCUGGAUGCAGACUGGGUUGAAGGCUAUUCCAUGGAACAUCUAUCCCGGCACUGGCUCUUCAGUCCCUUCAAACUGGUGUUGUCUGAGGAGCUGACUAGCCUGCUGGUGGUGCACUGGUGUGGGCUGCUGCUCGACCUCUCCGCGGGCUUCCUGCUCUUCUUUGAUGCCUCAAGACCCAUUGGCUUCUUCUUUGUGUCCUACUUCCACUGUAUGAACUCCCAGCUCUUCAGCAUCGGUAUGUUUCCCUAUGUCAUGCUGGCCAGCAGUCCUCUCUUCUGCUCCCCUGAGUGGCCUCGGAAGCUUGUAUCCCACUGUCCCAAACGGCUUCAAGAGCUGCUGCCCCUCAAGGCUGCCCCUCAACCCAGCGCUUCUUGUGUGUAUAAAAGGACCCGGGCCAAAGGCAGCCAGAAGCUGAGGCUGCGCCACCAGCUAGGUGCUGCCUUCACCUUACUCUACCUCCUGGAGCAGCUCUUCCUGCCCUAUUCCCACUUUCUCACCCAGGGCUAUAACAACUGGACCAACGGGCUGUACGGCUACUCCUGGGACAUGAUGGUGCACUCCCGCUCCCACCAGCACGUGAAGAUCACCUACCGUGAUGGGCUAACCGGCGAGCUGGGCUACCUUAACCCUGGGGUAUUCACACAGAGCCGACGAUGGAAGGAUCACGCAGACAUGCUGAAGCAGUAUGCCACUUGCCUGAGCCGCCUGCUUCCCAAGUACAAUGUCACUGAGCCCCAGAUCUACUUUGAUAUUUGGGUCUCCAUCAAUGACCGCUUCCAGCAGAGGCUCUUUGACCCUCGUGUGGACAUCGUGCAGGCUGUCUGGUCCCCUUUCCAGCGAACACCUUGGGUGCAGCCACUUUUGAUGGACUUAUCCCCUUGGAGGACCAAGUUACAGGAAAUCAAGAGCAGCCUAGACAACCACACAGAGGUGGUCUUCAUUGCAGAUUUCCCUGGGCUACACUUGGAGAAUUUUGUGAGUGAAGACCUGGGCAACACUAGCAUCCAGCUGCUGCAGGGGAAGGUGACUGUGGAGUUGGUGGCAGAACAGAAGAACCAGACGCUUCAGGAGGGAGAAAAAAUGCAGUUGCCUGCUGGUGAGUACCAUAAGGUGUAUACAGUGUCACCUACUCCGUCCUGCUACAUGUACAUCUAUGUCAACACUACAGAGCUUGCCCUGGAGCAAGACCUAGCAUAUCUGCAAGAAUUAAAGGAGAAGGUAGAGAAUGGAAGUGAAACAGGGCCUCUACCUCCAGAGCUGCAGCCUCUCUUGGAAGGGGAAAUAAAAGGGAGCCCUGAGCCAACACCUCUAGUUCAGACCUUUCUUAGACGCCAGCAAAGGCUCCAGGAGAUUGAACGGCGACGAAAUACCCCUCUCCAUGAGCGGUUCUUCCGCUUCUUGCUGAGAAAGUUGUAUGUCUUUCGCCGAAGCUUCCUGAUGACUCGUAUAUCACUUCGAAAUCUCUUAUUAGGACGCCCUUCUCUGGAGCAGCUAGCCCAAGAGGUGACUUAUGCCAACUUGCGGCCUUUUGAGCCAGCAGGAGAAUCAACUGCUUCAAACAGGGAUGCCAGUCCUAAUCCUCCUGAACUAGAUUCUGAUCCUACCCACUCAGAGUUGUGAGGGAGCCCAGAUAGGUGCAGAUGUGGAAGCAGCCAAUCACAGGCCCAGUAUAACUAUGCAGUGGACAAUUGAGAAAAUUCAGGUUUUUUUACAUUUUCUUUCAAAGUUCUUUUUAAUGGAGAAGAUUGCUUGGAGGAGCCAAGGAAAUAAAGCAAAGAUAAGAUUUUUCAAUUCAAAGACAGUUUUUUUUUUGGUACUGGAAAUCGAACUCGGGACCUUGCGCUUGCGAGGCAGGCACUGGAGCCACUGAGCUAAAUCCCUGGCCCAAGAUUUUUUAAGAUUGAAGGAACAUAAGUUAGAAGCAAUGUGAGAUGUUCUCUUAGAAUAAAGGGAUAAAAGUUUAAAUUGAAUAGCUCUUUAGGAAAAGAAACUGUUCUCAAGUGCUUGCUGAGUGCUAGGCACUUCGUGAAGUAGUAUACCUAUUAUCACACAAGUCUUUUAAGACAGGGACUCACUUUGUAGUUCAGGUUGGUCUUGGACACACUAUUCAGCCCAGGCUGGCCCUGAACUCAUGGUAAUCCUCCUUCCUUAGCCUCUGGGUGCAGGGAUUACAAUCGUCUGUCACCAUGCCCACCACCACAUUUAAUUGGUUAACAGCCAUUAAUCUCUUUAUAGCUGGUAGACUGAAAGGUGAAAUAAUUUGCCCAGACAUCCAGCUAGUAAGGAGUGGACUGAUGAUUUGAACUUAGGUCUAUUUGACUUAAGGUCCUGCACCGUGUUGCUUGUAAAUUUUCAGAACUGGUGACAGUUAACUCUGAAAUACUGUAGCUUCAAACUUAACAGAACGAGGCAGGAGGAUCACAAGUUCAAACCUAGCCUGGGCAAUUUAGUGACUUGGUGAAACCAUCUCAAAACUUUAAUAAAGUUGGGAAUGCAGUUCAAUGUGAAGACCCUGGGUACAACCCUAGCACCACCCCCCCUAAAAAAAAUUUAAACAGUAGUGAUUAGAAAAAAAAAGUAAUGAUUAGGACAGAGAUCAGGUUCUAAAUGCACAAAAUAAUUUUAUCAGCACCAUAAUUGUUCCUAUUUAUAUGGCUGAUUAGGUUUUUCACUAGCAAUGACCAAGAUUUAAUAAGAAUAGCACCAAAGUUAACAGGGAAAUUUAGAAGAUUGCUAAUAUUUCUGAAAAAAUUAAGCAACUUUAUACUUUGACCAAACCACAUCUGGGUUAUCAGUUUUCUCUCAAAUUUUUAAAAAUUAAGUUCCAUCAAUUCUCUUACAUACCUCUUCAGUCUUUUUAUUCCUGCUAUAUUCUUUCAGCCCUUACCCUGGGAUCUAUCUACUUACUGGUGGACCAAGGCAGGGUCACCAUUAGUUGCACAGGUUGGACUUCAUUAAGUAGGGUGAGCAGAGUCUUCUGAUUCAGUGUGGCACUGUUGAUGGUCAUGGGAGAGUUCUCUGAUCACCUUGUGAAUUGGAGCACUGCUUUUCAAUCCUCAAGAACUUUUCGUGGUGGGGACUGAACCCAGGGUUUUGCACCUGCUUGUAAAGCUACUGAGCUACACUACCACCUCUUCUCUCAUAGCAGUGGUAUGCUAAGUCAAGGUAUUUCCUGUUUCCCUGUAACUAGUAAAGGAGGGCUUCCAUUUAGGAGGACCUCUUAGAAAAAUUCAUGUGGGGUAAGGAAGCAGCCUUGUUUUGUGUACUACCUCUUUUGACUCAUUUUCCAAGGAAUAUACUGAGGUGAGGCAAGGUGGAGACAGGAUGGACUCAUGAAACGAAAUUGGCAGUACUUGGGGUUUAAACCCAGGGCCUUGGUAUUGGGCUACAUGCCCAGCCCUUUUUGAGACAGGGUGUCACCAAGUUGCCCAGGCUAGGCUCAAACUGGUUCUUCCAUCUCAACUUCCGAGAGUGCUGGGAUCAGCCACAUACCACCACACCAAACUAUAAAUUUUUCAAUCUAAGCAUGAUUUACAAUUCACAUCUUUUCUACACCCACACUUCAUGCUUUGCCAACUAUCAUCACUGCUGUGUCAUUUCAUGUCUUUACUCUUCUGCUUCUAUUCUCCCAGGAUAUUCACCCACUUCCACUUUAUCUUACUUCCCAGAAAAGGGUGCACAAGCCCUGGUAUGUGAACUCUUUGAGCUGAAGAUCUUUCAUUAUUGGGUAAAUAAACCUCAGCCUUAAAGCAGUUCUU